AUGGACGUUCCCGGCAUCGCGUUGGUCACAGGCAGUGCCUCUGGCAUUGGCCGCGCCUGUGCACUCGGAUUGAUUAGAGACGGCGUGUCUGGCAUUGCCCUCCUUGAUCUAAACCAACAAGCAUUGGAGCAAAUUAAAGCCGAAAUCCAUGCGAAGCAACGAGAACUUCGCCACACUCGCCCAGCCCGAGUCGAAAUCUUCCCCACGGACGUCGGAAACGAAGCACGCGUGAACGAGGUCGUCGAAUCUGUCGCGAGAACAUUUGGACGGCUCGAUUAUGUCGUUAAUGCUGCUGGGGUCGCCAUGAAACACCCUGGAGGCACUGCUUUUGUGGAAACCACCGACUGGGACCGUAUCCUAAACAUCAAUUUGAAUGGUACAUUUUUUGUUCUUCGCGCUGCCGCUAAGAUCAUGCUGAAGCAAGAGCCCAUCAGAUCAACUAUUGAUGGCCGAGCUCUGUCAAAAGGUUCGAUUGUCAACUUCUCCUCUAUUCAGGGUCUAGUGGGAAUCCCGCUGUCGACUGCCUACACCGUUUCGAAGCAUGCUAUUAUUGGUCUCACAAAGACGGCCUCUGAGGACUAUGCAAAAGAUGGACUGCGCAUCAAUGCGAUCUGCCCCGGUUAUACAGAGACACCUCUGACUACGAAGUCUCCUCAGAUUCUGCAGGCUAUGAUGGAGAGGAUCGGGACAGCGGUGCCGAUGGAGCGAAUGGGUCGACCGGAGGAGAUCGCUGAUGGUGUGAUUUACCUGUGUGGUGGAAGGAGCUCCUUUGUGACUGGAACAUCCUUGAGCGUGGACGGUGGAUAUACACAGCGCUAA